AUGUUCAUGUCUUAUAAAAUAAAAAUCUCCAAUGGUUGUGGAACAAUAAUUAUCUCUUUGGUUCAGUUUAGAAAUGCUACAAAUAAACAACUUCAAAGUGGAUUCGAUCAUAUUCCUACCAAAUGUUCGAUAAAAUCUGAAGGAAAUGCCUUCAAGGACAAUGUAGAGAAGCUGCCUCUUCAUAGAGAACUAUAUGAACUGAAUCCCUCAAGCUUCUUUGUGCCCUCUUUCAUAAACGCAUUCAUGGCUAAUGAUGAUGUCAGCAGAAAUCAAAGUAUCAGAAACAUAAUGUCUGAACUUGUUCCAGGAGUUUUCACAUUCGAUAUGCUCCACCCAGAUUUCUGUGCAAAGAUGCUAGCUGAGGUUGAAAAUUACGAAAAGUGGAUUCUGGAAACAAAAUCAUCCACCAUUCGCCUAAACACCAUGAACAAAUAG